AUGCUACAAAAGUUGUUCUUGAAAAAAAAAUCUUUAAAAGAUAAGUUAAAAAAUAUCAGAGAAGUGAAAACUGGUCGGAAGGGUAAUGUAUCUUAUGGAUCAGGGAAAGGAAAGGUUAAUAUCUUUUCAAAAGAAGAUGAUGAUAUUAAUCCCAACUUAUCAGAAAAAGAAUUGAAGAAACAAGAAAAACGUGACAAGGAGCUUGAUGCCUUGAAUGCUUUAAAAGCAAAAACUGAAGCAAAAGAAGCUGAAGAGAAGAAUGUUGGGGAAAUUCUUGCUACGAAGAAGGCUUUGUUUCCAGAAUGGACUGUUGAUUGGAUUCAAAAAUAA